UUUGGUCUUGUGAAACAACGGCCGUUUUGUGACCUUAACUUCUUAUUCGCAUUAACCAGUUGCGGAAUAGUUAAUUCAUUGUUAAGUGUUCGUGGUUAUAUUGUUUAAAGGGUGCUUCUCUUUGUUUUUUUUUAAUACGCAAUAAAGCUGUGUAAACUCUUUUUGAAUUUGUUGUAAAAAAUAUGAUUAUAAUCAGUUGCGUAGCGUGCAUGUAUCAAAAUUAGUUGGGAAGCCCAUUAAUGAAGGGUAAAGAUUUCUCCUAACGGGUUUUUCAGAUAGCAUGGGUACUAUGACCUGUAUGACGUAAAUACGUACUAUUCUCGUGAACUUUCAAGAGUGAAACGUACUGUCACCCGCACUAUCCUACAUGAAACGAACUGUAAUAAAAACAAAAAUGUGUGCUAAAAAUAAAUAUAACAGUGACUGACAUGUAACCUAUGUAGUACUGUAACUUUGGAAUUAAGUGAGAUUGUGGAUUAUAUUUUACUAAUUUUCGCUUUUACACGUAAGGGGCCUGUAGUCUAGGGGCCCCGUAUCAUUGAUACGGCUAAUUAGGCGGUAGCUACGCUCCGGUACGGUAUGACUUGACUCUCCUAGGUAGGUAUAUUGUGACAAACUCUAAAACACUAAAUUAUGAUAAAAUGUGGCUUCAAUAAGCAUAAUAAAUAUAAACAAUUUUGUUUUCUAUAAAAAAAAGGAUAAUGUGCUCGUGAAAACUGUUAAAAAUGGAUAUCAUUUAAAGCAUGAAAAAGGUAUUAUGGCGCCCAAAAUGGAAAGUUGUGAAAAUGACGGGCGGUGCGGACAGCGCGAGCGGUGGCUCUGGCGGCUCAGGCAUGGAGUGCCUGCAGCUGCGCUCGCCCCCCGGACCAUUCCACUACCUCAUCUCGGAGCAGGCUAAGUCUCUCGUCGCGCUACAGGAACUCCAGAAUGAAGUCGGGGCAUUGCUCGAGUUUCGCGACCUCGUCAUCGAGACAUUCCCGAACCUGCGCUCCAAAAUGGCGCCGUCCACGCCGGCCAGCGACACGCGCCGCGACUGGGAGCCCGGCGUGCGGGUGCGCCGCAAGCUGGCGGGCGGCGGCGGGGACGCGGCGCGCACCAAGCCCCAGCCCUCCGUGCAAGACUCGGGUUUCAGCACGGAGACCUCCUGCGGCAAGGACGCUCAUUCCUCCGCCUCCGCGUCGACAUCGGCCACUCGGCCUAGACCCCUCGAAGACGAGCUGUGGGCGCUCCUCGACGUCAUCCAACGAAAAGGCGUACGACUACGCGACGAAGCGGAGCUUUUGCGGGGAGAACUCGACGAAAGGCAGUCGGAAACGGCGGAGGAGUCCUUUGCGAGAGCGUUGUCCACCGGCUGUGGGGACUGUACUGACCUCGUGCGGUUGCGGAGCGAAAGAGACGCAUUGCUCGCCCGCGCUGCUCAGUUGGAGGCGGCUGCGGCUGCCACACCGACCCCUCCACCCUCGACCCCGCUGGGGAGGCUCGACACCGCGUUGGACACGCCGGUGCGGCCGCCGCGCGUCUCCUCUCCCGACUCCAAGAAGUUCGCUGCGAUUCUCCUCGAGAGCAAUCCCGUCGAGCUUCAACGACAACUACUUAUUUCCACCGUUCAGAAUCAGGUGUUGAGCUCGAAGCUGCGACGCGCGGCGGCGCAUCGCACGCUACUGCUGGAGAAACUGGAGCGAGCGCGCGACCAGAACGACGACCUCAAGUUCAGGUUAGAAGAGAAGAGCAUAGAAGUGGAGGGCGCCAAGGCGCGGCUGCGACAGAUCGAGAAGAGCCAGAAGAGCGACAGCAUGGAGCGCGGCCGCGACCACAGCAGCAUGCGCGACAUGGAGCCGCUGCACAUCCCCGACGAGGACGACGAGCCGCGCAUCUCCGAGACGCCGCGCACCAAGCCCAGCCGCAUCCCGCGCCACACGGCGCACAAGGGCGCCGCCCCCCGGCCUCCGCCCGCGGCGCCCCCGCGACCUCCCUCCGCGCACAGCGUGCGCUCCACGCGCUCGGUGGCCUCGGGCCGCAGCCGCGCGUCGCGCGAGGCCUCCACCGCGCCCGCGGCCUCGCGCAAGGACAAGUCGUCCGUGCCCGUGCGGCGCUCGCCGUCCGCAGACAAGAAACCCCAAACGAGUGCGGACGCGCGCACGCACGUGGACGACAAGUCGCGAUGCGCGUCGCUGGUCGCCGAGUACGUGGCGCGCGCGGAGCGCCUCGCGCCGCUGUUCCCGCGCCUGCACGUGCGCGCCAGGCCUCUGCCGCAGGAGCUGCUGGACGAGUGCCGCCUGGCCUACGAGCCGCCGGGGAACCUCGCCCUGGAACUGUCCAAGUCGAUACUGUACGAGAACGCCGACUCCAUAGACAUUGAAACGCUGAAAUCGUUGAAGACGUUGAACUCGCACGACGACUCGCUGUGGAACGGCAAGCCGCAGCAGUACUUCGAGAGUUUGAACGCGCGCGACGAUUGCGGCGAUGGUAAGGAUUUCGAAGAUGAUUCCUUGGCGUAGGUUUGCUUUGUCUACUGCCUGUUCGCUUCAAUCUGACCGUCGCACUUUAUUGUCGAUUAUCUAAAAUCAAUUUUUUCAACAAAAACAUACUAAUAUCGUCGGUCUAGAUGUAAAUAAAAAAAAUAGCUCGUAAGUGCAAACUGACGAAUUUUAGAGAAGAGACAAGAUACAUCUUUUAGGUAUAACUAAAAGUAGUUUUAUGCGACCAAAAACGUUUUUUAAUGUACGGGCUACCACCGGAAAAGCUGUUUGAAGCUUCCUGCAUCAAAAUCAAUUUUUACCAAAAAUUGUUAGUUACGAGAUAUCACAUCUAGACCGACAAUAUUCAAUGUGCACUAAAACUUUUGAAAUUGUUUUUAGGAUCCCACCAUGCGAUCCUGGUCUCAGGACCAUAAAACCAUCUGGGGAGUAGUAUAUAGGUACCCUUUCAAACAAUAUAGAUUAUUAUUGUUUUCAAAUCAAGUAAUUGGGAAAUGUGUAUAAAAAAACUACUGUAGCGAUUCUGUGAUUGCACAAACAUAAUUUAAAAUAGUUUGUGAUAUAUGCAUAGAAGUAGUAUUAUGAUAAAAGGCGAUCAAGUUGAAGUGUAACAGCUAGUACCUAAAAAUUAACCUCAAAAUUUGUAAUUGUCAAAACCACAAGGUUAACAUACUCGUAUGGUGUACGCUGUAUUUAAUCUGGCAGCUAUAUUUUUGUGCUAAUCGGUAUUUUGCUUUGUUCAUGUCGACAUUUGAAUGCACUUAAAUGUUACAUAGAUUUAUUUAAAAUUCCAUUAUUAAAAAAGAAAUACUCGAAGUUUCCGUUGGCUGGCAUAAAUAUUUUAUAAGAUGCCAGUUUUUCCCAAGCAAAUUAGUGAAAUAACUUAUUUAAAUUUUUGCAAUACUGUCUACUGAAAAUUUAGCAAUUUCCAUGGAUGCCAUCAUUAGAUAUUGACCUAAUUAUAAGAGAUCACCUCAGAAAUAAAUUCUUCUCUGAUAUUAUAUCUUCCCUAAUAAUAUUCGCACCUUAAAAUACUUUUGUGUUUUUAUUUAAUAAAAUAUGUGUACUGCCUUUUAUAAAGCUUAGAACUAUAUGGUUCUACGUUCAAUUCUUACUCCAAGUCAAUUAAAAUUUUUUAUAAUUUCAACUUUUCCAGAUAUCUCUUCUGAUGGCAUUCUUGGGUAGUAAACAAAAAGUACCGCCAAGCGAUGUAAAAGUGCAUACCAGACUUAAGUUUCAACCCAUAUAAGACCAUCUAACGCUUCAAAUUUUGUCUCGCUAACUCUUAUCUUGAAAAAACUGGCUUGCAAUCUAUUCAAGCUCAAAUACAAAUGAAUUUAAUUAAUUAAAUAUGGAGGCAUGUUCUUAUGGUUUCGAUUAGGUGAGAAACGAUUGCGAAAAUUAAAUUCGAGAAACGUUUUCCAUGAUUUUAAACAAUGUCGGAGAACUUAGUCCACGUUUUUUUGUACCAAAAAGCUUUUGUAAAAACUUGUUUCUAGUGCAACUGUGAUACGUUUACGUUUCUUUUGAAGUUUCCGCACUCGUUGAAUGAUUGACCGACUUCGCAUAUUCCAAAACUACCCUCUAUUGAUAGCUUAUUAUUUAGUUUAAUGAACGAAUUCCUAUUGUACAGUUUAAUCUAGUUACUAUUUACAAAUUAUUAAGAAUGGAAUUUAAUACGAAUUAUUAAAAAUAAUCUCUAAAUGAAAUUUAAUUAUUUAUCCUUCACGUGUAUAGCAAAAAUGAAUUGUGUUUUAAUUUAAAAUUUAUAACAAAAGAAACUAUAGGUAUUUUAUAUUGUUUUCUAUUACAGUCAAAUUGGGCAACUUUACACCAAUUUAAUUUGUAACAAUUUAGUAUUUUUCGUUUCUUUCGUUAACGGUGCAACGUUUAGUUCUAAAUAUCAAUUUCAUUUAAUAUUCGUGUGUUUUGGGAUAACAUUUUUCUACCCAAGAGAAAAAAAGGAACACCUUUUGAGAUGUUAAGUUGAAAUUAUUUGCAUCUUAUAUACUUUAAAACUUUUUGUAAGUACUGUAAAUAUGCUUGUGAUAUUCGAGGUUUCCCAGAACACACCAAUAUGGCACCUCUUGCAUUGAUUAGACCUAAAUGCGUACCGGUUAUAAUCAGGUUGUCUUCCUUGACUGUAGUAAAUUAAGUAUACUAAAAUUUACACUCCUAAAUGUAUAGAUGUAGUAAUAAAAAGAAUGUAUUGUAUUGUAUGCAUGUGCCGCUGAAUGAAUUGCAUUAGAAUGGUAGCUAUUUACUUUAAAAGUCAUUCCUAAGCCGACGGCAAGACUGUAACAAUUGAGUGAGAGCGCGAACGACUGUAGAAAGGCUGUGAAACGCGGCGUUCCUUCCAAAAACACCUUUCGUUUUACUUAUAGAUGUUUAUAAUGCAAAACUAUAGAGGAAAGGACUCACAAUCACGUAGAAAAUUUCUCUUAAAAUACAGGCCAAUUUUGCUUUGACAGUUUUAGAAUUAUUGGUAAAGAAAAUUAUACCUAAAGAUCUUUAAAUAUAGUCCAAUCCAAUAUUUAAUAAAAUCCCAAAUUCAGAGCAAAUUCAACUUUAAGUAUUGACGUUAAGGUUGAAUUUGCAAAUGCGACUGCUUGAAUUGAGUGCCAAGAAGUUUUGUUUGGCAUUCAUUGAGUGUGGACGUUUUUUGGUCGUUGUAUGUGCGUCCACUUUUUAAUAGGAGACCGAUGACCGACAAGGGAAAACGGGCUUUCCUAAUACAUCGACAAAGUGUUUUCGAUUGCGGAUUGUAAAAGUAAGUUAAAUGCUGACAAAUUUUUUUUUUGUUAACACUUUUUUCACUUUAAAAAUGGUGGAAUACUUUUGGCCGAUUUCUAUGUCCAAUAGCCCGCUUAAAAAAAUACAGACAGACAGAAGAGACAUACCACAGAAAAGCUAAAAUACUUACCCUAAAUCAAUUGUACCUAGAUAAAAAUGUCGGAUAUACAAUAAAAUUCUAUAUUAUAUUAUAAAUUUACUCAAGAUUUGUAUGGUUAUGCAUUAAAAGCGUCUAUAGACGUCAAUAAUAAAGUUGUACUUAUUAUGUGUGCCCGUAUUUAUGAGUGUACUUUGUCCAAACGUCCAAUGUGGAACGUCCUGACGCUUUUAUACCGUCUCAUACAAACGCCUCGUGCUAAAAACACAAACUCUGACUAAGGUUUUUAUUUAGAUUCCAUGCAUAGAGCAAUUUAAAAAAUAUACACUUGUCUUAAAAACAGUAACCCGAUUUCUACAAUUUUUUUUUCCGGAUUUUAAUAAAAAUCGUUAUAGUUAUCCGGCAUUUGAAAUAUAUACCGUCAUCUGUUAUUUAUCUGUGUUAAGAAAUAAAUAGUUAAAUUGCGGCUAAACACAUUUUUCUUAUAAAAUCUAGAAAACCAUGACAAAGGCAACCUAAUACAGGUAAAAUUAAGCCUAAAAUAAGCUUUCAUUUAACAUAUUAGACAACUAAAUAACAGAUGAGGGUAUAUAAAUAACAUUACUUAACUGUUUAUAUCUGGCAACCCCACAUGCAGUGUGAAUGCAGGCAAUCUUUACUUUUUCAAUUCUUUUGGGUAUAAUAACUAGUGUACGUUUUUUUUAAUGAUCCAAUGAGGGAGAUUAAAUAAAUUAAAAAAUAAAACAUUUAAUACUUACUGUUCGGCCGCAAUUUAACUACCUAUGUGCAAAAAUUGUCAUUUGAAUUAAUUUGAUAACACAUACUUAAUAAAUAAUUUGCAUGCCAAAUUGGCAAGAUACAUUUACCAUCUACAUCUACCGACCACCUGCAUAUGUAUCUGCAAAUAAAUAAAUUGAUUGAUUGUUUGAUUGCAAUGUGUUAAUGUGAAUAUCAUUUAUUUCUUAUCCCAAUUAAAUAACAGAUGAGGGUAUAUAUUUAUGCCGGAUCGCGUUACUUAUUAGUCAGAGCUCAUACGUGACUCGGUAUAAAGGUUGUCUGCGACGAUGAGCUACAAAUAUAGUAGGAGACUGAUUUUGUAUAAAGACAUAGUGAUAUGUUUACCAAGUAGGGGGAAGGCGUUUAUAAAAUAAUGUUUAUUUCUAUUUUACAUGGUUAUUUUAAAAAUACCGACAUGUCAUAAAUGCGAAUUGUAUUAAAAAAAAUUAUGUGAAAUUAUUAUUUCUCUUUUUUUUCAUAUUAAUUGUGAAAACAUGAAUUUAUUAUUAUUUAUUUUGAAUACAUUGAAAAUCAAAUAUUAUGCCAGAAAGACAAGCCUGGGCAAUUGUUUAAGUUUAAUUGAUUAUACCUAUAUAUUUAAGAAAAAUAAUAAAUAGAUAUAAAAAUCAAGGAUUUUAAUGAUUAAUUCAUUAAAUUUUAUGAUGAUGGUAUUUUUUGAGUAACCAGAACCUGCUACUAUAAAUUUUGAAAAUGUUAUUGCCUACUGUGAAAUAAUUGAGCGAAAGGCCUGUUUCGUUAGAAAUACCAAAAAGAAAUGAAUGCUUUAAGUUUUAAAUUUUGCCAAUUUUCUAGGAAUGUUAAUUUAUAUAAAAGUUUGGUGAGCACUUUGCGCAUUUCUAAUGAAACGGGCUAUCAUUAUUUAGUAAUAUUCUAAUUCUAUUAUGUAUGACUGUAUUUUAUUGUAAAUUAAGUAGGUACUGUAGAAAUGUAACGAAUAAGUCAACUGUUUAAUGUACAGCUUCCUUCACACUGCUGUAGAGUUUGUAAAUGUAAAUUAUGAAGCCGCAAACUGAUUGCUGUUAAGAUACUCAUAAUUUGUUUAAGUAGUUGACUUCAAUCUAGUUGAUGACUUGUGUAAAGAUGUACAGAAAUCAUAUCAUUACAUUAUAUAUUAUACAAAUUACUCAAAUAAAUUGUUCAUAUCUUA